UUCAGGGAGGAUGCCAACAACACGCUACGGAUACUCGUGGCUACGGACUGUCAUCUGGGCUACAUGGAGAAGGAUGAAGUGCGGCAGCACGAUUCCUUCCAGGCAUUUGAAGAGAUCUGUUCUAUAGCUGAGAAAAAGAAGGUGGAUUUCUUACUUCUAGGUGGUGAUCUUUUCCAUGAGAACAAACCCUCAAGAUCAACAUUAGUAAAGGCCAUUGAGAUUCUUCGUCGCUAUUGUCUCAACGACCGGCCGGUGCAAUUUGAAGUUGUUAGCGACCAGACCAUAAAUUUUCAAAAUAUGCAAUUACUGUUUCACACAUGAUGGCUCUGUUUUUUUUACUUGUUGGAGGAAUGGACGAUAAUGAAGGACAUGCUGCAUGAUUUAAUUGUAGCAACCUUGUGUUAUAUGAGAGAUGAGAAAAAGUUGCAACCAACUCCCUCAAAAAAGAAAACAAAAAUGUUUGGCCAUGUGAAUUAUGAAGACCCUCACUUCAAUGUUGGCUUGCCAGUCUUCAGCAUUCAUGGAAAUCAUGAUGAUCCUGCUGGAGUGGUAGCAAUUUCAAGAGGCUUGAAUGGGAUCGGACUUGCAAUAGUAAUACCUGCAGUUCUGUCUCUUGUUGCAGACUCUACAGACGAUAGCAACCGUGGGAUGGCAUUUGGAUGGCUGCAGCUAACAGGCAACAUUGGCUCCAUCAUCGGAUCGCUGUGUUCUGUUUUAAUUGCCUCGACAUCCUUCCUGGGAAUCCCCGGUUGGAGAAUUGCUUUUCACCUGGUCGCCAUCGUAAGCGUUGUCGUUGGUACUUUGGUGUGGCUCUUUGCUAUUGAUCCUCGACAUUCUGAUGACAAAAAUCAAGCUGAAGAUCUGAAUUCAAAGUAAGUGUCAUGUUGCCAGUUUUGGCCAGAAACUUGGCCCUCAUCUUUAAUUCAUGCUUCAGCCAGAAGACAACAGCUGUUUAAAAGGCUUUAACUAGCUUUAGAGUUGAAAAGAUGUUUCUGAUAGAUCGACAUGAGUCCAGAGAGGAUGUAGAUAUCUGUAGCUGAUAAGACAGUGCAGUGCUCUCAUUACUGAAGUUGGAAAAAGGGCGGGAUGUCCUUUGAGAGAAAGCAAUUGGAUGGGGGACGUUCUUGCUAAGCGCUUGCCCAACUCGGGAAGAAUAAUCUUGUCACAGAUAAGCACUGCUUCGGCCAUUCCUUUAGCUGCGAUUUUGCUUCUAGCAUUGCCUGAUGAUCCUUCCACAGCCUUCAUGCAUGGUCUUGUUUUAUUUAUCAUGGGGCUGUGCACAUCCUGGUGUGCCCCAGCCACAAACAAAGAUCGUCCCUGAGAAAUCCAGAACGAGCAUCUACGCACUGGACAACUCUUUUGAGUCCAUCCUGGCAUCAUUUGCUCCCCCGCUGGUCGGUAUUCUCGCUCAGCAUAUAUAUGGGUAUAAACCAAUCCCCGAGGGAUCAUCCCACUCGAUAGAGAUCGAGACAGACAGAGAAAAUGCUGCAUUACUUGCCAAGGCACUUUAUGCUGCUAUGGGCAUUCCAAUGGCGAUCUGUUGCUUUAUUUACUCUUUCCUCUACUGUACGUACUAGAGAGAUAGAGAGCAUGCUAGAAUGGAUGCGCUCACGGACGGAAAUGCAGCAGAUUGAGGUUGAUAGCCCCUAUACAGGCGAAGAUAUUACCGACCUUGAUGCAAGUAUAGUGAAUGGCGCUUAUGAGAAGGCAAGGAGCACAAUCGACAGAGACUAUGGAACAGAGGAAUGGGUUGAUUUGGAUGACAAUGACGAGAAAUCCCUGCUUUCCAGGCAACAAACUUUAACAGACAUCGGAGAAUAAUGUGGAACCCGCAAUACGCAUGAAUCUGUGCGGGCUUGUAAACAAGCAAUCAUUAUCACGAACUCUCCAGGACUUGUCUCUCUGUACUGUCUCGUAUGACAGGGAUUUCACCUAUGCGACCGCACACUACAUCACGAGGAGGUUCAAGUUGGCGACCACCACUAUAGAAUACAUCCCAACUCGUUAUCGGGUAACUUCUGAGUCAGAUUGAUUUCGGACCGCCCACCAUUCGAAUUCAUGUAUUGAGUACACCUGAACUGACUGAAACAGGGAGACUGGUUUAAUCAAUGUACUGAUAUUUUCCAGUCCAUUUUCGCUCAAGAAGC